AUUCUGAAUUUGAUGAACACUCUUUUAGCUUAAUGAAUUUAAAAGAAGAUUUAAAAUGUAAUAAUAAAAGUUAUAGUGAAUAUAAGAAAGUCUCAGAGGGUAGUUAUAAAAUUUAUAAUGAAUAUAAGGAAUUAAAAGAAGAUUUGAAGUUUGACAAUAAAUAUGAAAAUUUAAUUAAUGCUGAAAGUAAUAAUUAUUAUGAAUUCUUGAAUCAAAAAAAUAAUGAUGAUGAAUUAGAUCAUAAUGCAUUUGCAAAUGCAAAAAAAUUUAUUCAACAAGAUAUUUAA